AUGGAUAUUCACGAUGCAGCUCUAUUUCCUAAGACGCGUAUGUUCGUUGGUUUCGAUAUCAGUCAUGCUGGCCCGCAGUCAUUUGCUGACCGGCAGAUGAAAAGAAUUCAAAGUGAGCCAACCGUUGUUGGGAUGGCUUACACUGUAGGCGAGCCGACGAAGAUGCGAGGCACCUAUUGGAUGCAGGAACCUCGUCUUACUUUGAUUUCGGACAUCGCAACUAAUUUCACUGUGGCACUUCAAGCAUUCCUCAAGGAGACUAACAGUUUGCCUCUCGAUAUUGUUGUCUACCGUGGUGGAGUCUCUGAGGGAGAGUUCAAAAAGGCUGCUGCAGAGAUGGUUGAACUACAGAAAGCGUUUGUUGAAGUUAACCACAUGUAUCGCCAUGGCAUGUACUCUCCCUCACUCACAUGCGUGGUGGUGCAAACGAACUCCAACUAUCGCGUUGUUCCUACCAGAAUUGAUCCUCAUGCGAGGCCAAUGGAUCAGAACGUCCCCAAUGGCACUGUGGUGGACGACGCCAUGCAUCCCGCAUACAACGAAUUCCUCAUCAUUCCUCAAAAAGCUCUUCAGGGCACAGCUCGAGCUCUUCGCUGCACUUUGGUAACUUACAAUAAAGGUACCUCCGGAAGUCUGCCUACAAUGGAAGAAUUGAAACAAAUUACGAACAUGCUCUGCUAUGGGCAUCAAGUAGUUUGUGGGACGACAACUCUGCCAUCAGUCUGCUUUUCUGCGACUAACUUGUCAAAGCGUGGUCGGAAUAAUUGGAAAGCUGAGAACUUCCGUGAUAUGGAAGACGGUUCAGUAGCGUCUGGUGCCAGUGGUGAGGGUGGAAGACUUAGGCACGAUGGUACACCUGAUUUCUUCAAAAAUCUCAGCGCUCGUCUUCAUUGCAAAAUCAAUUCGCAUUACUGGGCCUAG